AUGGGUUUAGACUUGUUUGACUGCAUCGACUCAUUGGAGCAAGCAAGAGAUAAACUACUUGCAUUGGUGGAAAUCCUCAAAGCCUCAGGCUUGUUACUUGACAGUCAUGAAGAUAGACACAAUUUUGUGAGGAUGCCCGAUGUUGUUUAUGAUGUUGCCAGAGAAAUUGCAUCCAAGGAUCCUCAUCCAUUUGUAGUCAGAGACGAUGUUGGAUUGGAAAAAUGGUCAGAGACUGAUGAAUCCAAAAGCUGUACUUUCAUCUCUUUGCGUUGCAAAAUUGUGCAUGAGCUUCCUCAAGGGUUGGUAUGUCCGGACCUUCAAUCUUUUCUAUUGCACAGAAACAAUCCUUCCUUGAAUAUUCCGAACACAUUUUUCGAAGGGAUGAAAAAACUCAAAGUUUUGGAUUUGUCAAAUAUGCAUUUUACAACACUACCUUCAUCACUUGAUUCCCUUGCAAAUCUCCGAACAUUGCGUCUAGAUGGGUGCGAGUUGGAAGACAUUGCUCUAAUUGGAAAGCUAACAAAACUAGAAGUUCUUAGCUUGGCCGGUUCUACAGUCCAACAAUUGCCUAAUGAAAUGGUGCAACUGACCAAUCUAAGACUGUUGGAUUUGGAUGAUUGCGAGGAGCUUGAAGUAAUUCCACGAAAUAUCUUAUCAAGUUUGUCUCGAUUAGAAUGUUUGAGCAUGAUAUCUAGCUUUACUAAAUGGGUGGUUGAAGGUGAAAGCAAUGCUUGUUUAUCAGAGCUAAAUCAUUUGUCUUAUUUGACAAAUUUAUCUAUAGAAAUACCUGAUGCUAAGUUGCUACCAAAAGACAUUCUAUUUGAGAACUUGACAAGCUAUGUGAUAUUGAUAGGUGAUGAUGAUCGGCAGGAAUUUAGAACCAAAAGAACAUUGAAGCUCCAGAGUGUCAAUAGAAGCUUACAUUUAGGGGAUGGAAUUAGCAAGUUGUUGGAGAGAAGUGAAGAACUAGAGUUCGUGGAAUUAAGUGGUACUAGAUAUGUUUUUUACCUAUCAGAUAGGGAGAGUUUUCUUGAAUUGAAGCAUCUCCAAGUAAGUGACAGUCCCAAUAUUCGAUAUAUCAUUGAUUCAAAGGAUCACCGGUUUAUGCAACAUGGUGCCUUUCCUCUAUUGGAGGCAUUGGCUCUUGAGAGGCUGGAUAACUUGAGAGAAGUAUGGCAUGAUCCAAUUCCAAUAGGGUGUUUUGGUAACUUAAGAACCCUAGAUGUGCAUUCAUGUCCUAAAUUGAAAUUUCUCCUUUUUCUUUCCACGGCUAGAGGCCUUUCCCAACUUGAAGAAAUGACGAUAGUAAAUUGCGAUGCCAUGCAACAAAUAAUCGUCUAUGAAAGGGAGUCAGAAAUAAAAGAAGAUGGACAUGCUGGGACCAACUUGCAAUUAUUCCCAAAAUUGAGAUCCUUGAAGCUUUGUUCUCUACCGCAACUCAUCAACUUCAGUUCUAAGUUAGAAACAACAUCUUCCACAUCUCUGAGUAGAAAUGCAAGGUCGAAAGACUCAUUUUUCAGUCAUAAGGUAUGUUAA